AUGAGGGUAAGAUCAAUCGCUGCUUUCCUGCUCGCCCUCGGGAUCCCCGUGUCUUCAGUCCCCACGCCAGACCUUGCGAAGAGGACCAGCAGGACGACUGCUCCAGCAGGAUGCCUUACGGUCGGAUCGAGCGCGACUUACAAGACCAUAACGAGUGCACUCGAUGCGCUUGGGACGAGCUCGACCACCGACGCCUGCAUCUUCGUCAGUAGCGGAACCUACGCCGAACAGCUGACCAUCACCUACGCCGGAUCCCUGACGCUGUACGGAUCAACCACAGACACGGGCACCUACAAGUCGAAUACAGUCACCAUUACCCACACCGUCAAGUCAGCGGAUGCCGGCUCUCUUGAUGCCAGUUCGACCGUCAACGUCAAGGCCGACGGGUUCAACAUGUACAACAUCAACGUUGUCAACGACUAUGGGGCCGGCGCGCAAGCCGUUGCCCUCACCGCCAACGCCGACAAACUCGGCUUCUAUGGCUGCCAGUUCAAGAGCUACCAAGACACGCUGUACGCCAAGAAAGGGACGCAGUACUACUCGAACUGCUACAUCGAAGGGGCGGUCGACUACAUCUUCGGCGCGGCUAGCGCGUGGUUUGGCGAGUGCACGAUAGCGUCGAGCGGCGGCGGGGCCAUCACCGCAAGCUCGCGCGAGACGGCCGACGACGCAUCCUGGUACGUGAUAGACAGCAGCACGGUGACGGCCGCGUCGGGCGUUCCAGGGCUGGAAGGGGAGGUGUACCUGGGGAGGCCGUGGCGCGUGCUCGCUCGAGUGGUGUUUCAGAACUCGAAGCUGUCGGACGUGGUCAACCCCGAGGGCUGGACGACCAUGGCCGAGGGCGCAACGCCGCUCUACUACGAGUGGAGCAACGAGGGCGACGGGGCGUCGACGGCGGAGAGGCUGUACGAGAGCGAGUUGGAUGCUGCUGUCAGCCACGAAACGGUGCUGGGAAGUGACUACAAGAGCUGGACCGACUCGAGCUACUAG